AUCGUGGCACAGCGCGAGAUCAUCCAGGUUGUCAUUAUAAUAAGUGAUAAUGAAUACCAUUAAAGCAAUUAAAAAUGCAAUAGUUUGCUUUGUCCUGCUGCCCCGCUUUCUAGUUGCAGCUGUUUUGUUUUGGCUGCUUGACUUUUCAUGCAUAAGGAAAAGGGUUUUCUUUAGGGUGAAGGAGCAGGAGAGCGAUGCCAUUGAUCCGCCUCUGUGUAUAUCGGACUCCAAUCGCCUGUUCAGCCUCAAGUCGCUCAAAGCCGUGUGGCACGGACAGAAACUGGACUUCAUGAAGGCGGCGCACCUCGGACGGGGAGCCCCCAACACCGAGGUGGUGCAGCUUUUGGACCAGAGGCGCAGCCGCAUCCUGGACUUCGCCAGGGACGGCAGACCGCUCAUCCUCAACUUCGGCAGCUGCACCUGACCGCCGUUCAUGGCGCGCCUCAAGGCUUUCCAGGGCGUCGUGCGGCGGAACGCGGACGUGGCGGACUCCGUGGUGGUGUACAUCGAGGAGGCGCAUCCCUCCGACGGCUGGACGAGCACGGACGCGCCGUACCAGAUCCCGCAGCACCGGUGUCUGGAGGAGCGGCUGAGCGCGGCGCGGCUCAUGCUGCCGGAGCUGGCCGGCUGCCCGCUGGUGGUGGACAGCAUGGACAACUGCUCCAACGCCGCCUACGGAGCGUACUUUGACAGACUCUACAUCCUGCAGGAGGGCAAGGUGGUGUACCAGGGCGGCAGGGGACCCGAGGGAUACCGCAUCUCAGAGCUCAGAGACUGGCUGGACCAAUACAGAAAGAGGCUGGAAACACCCGACAAUUUGGUCGUUCAUGUGUAAAAAUAAAUGUCACAUUUGUAAAAAAAAAAAAAAA